AUGGCUCACUUGUCUUCACUUGCAAUAGUUUUUCUUUUAUGUGUUGCAUCUUCUUACGCAGUGAAAACUGUGGAUAUUGAUACAAUUUGCAAGGGAGUAAAAAAUCCUUCAUUUUGUUUAACUCUUCUGAAUUCAAAACCCGGCGCAAGUCGAGAUCUCGUCAGCCUUGCGCAAUACACAAUGGACGUAACAAUAGCCAACACAACAAACACCAUAAAACUACUCAACAUGCUAUUAUCAAAAAGUGGGGGUGAUGCUGAAGCAAAAUAUCAUUAUGAUGCAUGUUUAGUUCAUUUUGAUGCAAUUGCCGACAUUCUUAAGGCGACUCUACAUUAUAUGAAAAUAGGAGAAUACGAUAAUGUGCUUAGUGAGGCACUUGGUGUUUAUAUUCAUGUUGAUAAUUGUAUUUCAGGAGAUUCACCUGGUGACUCUCAUUAUCCUUACCAUGAUAGAUCCAUGCUUCCAGAAUAUGCUAACAUGGUUGGUCAAGUUUCUCAGGUUUUUGUUGCUGUACUACAUCAUCUCAAUACAGAUAUUUAA